AUGCCCAAGGUCGCGUACGGUCUCUUCGAGUAUUUUUCUACUGUCGGUCUGCCGACUGUUUUGAUAUUUGUGGCAGGGUUGUUGUUAAGUCUGUGGAUUCUGUCGUCGAGGAAUCCGCGGGUGAAAUGGCCGCCCGGGCCUCUCUGUUUCCCCGUGGUGGGAUGUCUCCCACAGCUGAUAAUCAGCGGAAGGAGAAGACAACCGACAGAUCUUCUUCCAUGGUAUGAUACAUACGGAGAUAUCAUGCACGUCAAAUUUGGUGAGCAGCAUGUGAUAAUGCUGGGGACUUAUGAGCUGAUCCAAGAGGCUUUCGUGAAGAAUGCAGCCACAGUCAGUGCUAGACCUACUUGGAUAUAUUUCCUAAGACAAACAGUUGGAAAGGGCGGGGCUGGAGUUAUAUUUAAAUCCGGGCAUGAAUGGAAAGAGUUGAGGAGAUUCACGCUCUCGUCUCUUCGAGAUCUCGGCCUCGGGAGAAAAAGUUUGCAAGAGAGAAUUCAGGACGAGGCUCGAUACUUGGUGCAAAACAUUGAAGAUGAAAAUGGAAAGGCUUUCUCUCCCAGUGACAGGAUUGGAAAAGCUGCCAGCAACAUUAUUUCUCUCAUUGUGUUUGGAGCUAGACAUGACUUUAAUGACACCCCAGAAUUGCUGCCAGUUUUGGAGGAGGCGUUGAAAUCUGGCGAAGGGAUACAGUUUUUUACUAACUUGGCUCGCUUUUUGAUGCCGAUGGAGAAGAUAAUGUCCCUUGUGGACAGGCUGUAUAGUUUGAUAAGACAGGAAGUGGACCGACACCGCCAGUCCUUUGAUCCAACUGACAUCCGGGACUUCAUUGACCUCUUCAUAAAGGUCACCCAAGAGGAGCAAGAUCCCGAGAUAUACACAGAAUGGAACGUAUUUCGCAUCAUCGUUGAUCUAUAUUUGGCUGGAACCGACACAACGGCUACCACCUUGAGAUGGUCCCUGGUUCAUAUGGUAAAUCAUCCGGACGUUCAGAAGAGGGUGCAGCAGGAAAUUGAUCAGGUCAUAGGUCAAGGUCGUGUUGCCAAGAUGGAGGACAAGGCCAGGAUGCCGUUCACGGAAGCAACCAUCUUGGAGGUCUUUCGUUUGUCCACAGUUGUUCCGAUGGGUGCGCCCCAUGCCACCAGUGAAACAACCAACUUGGCAGGAUACACCAUUCCCAAAGGCACCAUAAUAAUGGGAGAUUUGUACCCGGUUCUUCACGAUAAGAAUAACUUCGAGGAUCCUUACAAGCUCAAACCAGAAAGAUGGCUGGAUGAUGAUGGUAAAGUGAUCAAGUCGGACAAAAUGAUACCGUUUUCUAUGGGUCCCCGUAUUUGCUUGGGCAAGGGGCAUGCUGAAAUGGAAUCGUUCAUCUUCUUCACCACGUUGCUUCAGAAUUUUACCUUUAAGGUGCCAGAGGGCGAGAAACCACCUGAUGGAGUGGAAGGCCUCAACACGAUCUCUUUCACGCCAUACCCCUACGACGUGUGCGCCGUUAGACGCUAGAACGGAGAUACACUGUCACUGUCACUUGCACUUGGACAUUAAUAAUGGUAUCUGUAUAAAUACGUCUGACAAGACUGACGGUAUACAAAUUAAAAUACUCAGUUUAGUCUAGAAAUAGUUUACUGUACAUUGCCUUUUGGCAAAAGCGUUUGCCAGAAAUCGCAUUUAAUAAACUUUGUGCAGUUGCUUGCAAGUUGCAUUUUUAAGAAGGGUAAAUUAAAUGUAAAUGGUACAAAAUUGUGUGGCUGCGAUAUGCCUGUAACCUACACCAUCGCUUCCAAGUUUAAUAGACUUGGUCACAAAGUUUGUCCCACCUCUGUUUUUGUUUGGAAAUGAUCACCUCACACGUGUGAACAAUUUUGGACAGUGUAAUUUAUUAUCAAUAA